AUGGUGACAAACAAGAAGCCCACACAGGCGUCCAUCACAAAGGUCAAACAGUUUGAAGGCUCCACGUCGUUUGUGCGGAGAUCACAGUGGAUGCUGGAGCAGCUUCGCCAGGUUAACGGCAUCGAUCCUAAUCGGGAUUCUGCAGAGUUUGAUUUGUUGUUUGAAAAUGCCUUUGACCAGUGGGUAGCCAGCACAGCCUCAGAAAAAUGCACCUUCUUCCAGAUCCUCCAUCAUACCUGCCAGAGGUACCUCACAGACAGGAAGCCGGAGUUUAUCAACUGCCAGUCCAAAGUCACGGGAGGAAACAGCAUCCUCCAUUCAGCGGCCGACAGCGUGACCAGCGCCGUCCAGAAAGCGAGCCAGGCCUUGAAUGAGCGCGGGGAGCGGUUAGGCCGGGCGGAGGAGAAGACGGAGGACAUGAAAAACAGCGCCCAGCAGUUUGCGGAAACUGCACACAAGCUGGCCAUGAAGCACAAGUGCUGAGAGAACUGCCUGUCCUGGUGACCCUCUGAAGAGAAAUGGAAGAGUUUGUUGAGCAGGUUUUACAAGAAUUCAGGACCACCGCUUGCUUCUCUUUUUCCAACAUGUGGACAUUUCAGUUUUUUGUUUUUCCUUUUCAAAUGUUAAUAUGAAAGAAAAAAUGUUGUGUUUGUACCUUUCGUUAAUGAUCUUGCUAAGAAAUGCUGCAAUAGCCUCAGCUGCAUCUUUGUUCUGUUUUUUUCUGCUGUGUGUGUAUGUGUGUAUAUUUUCCUGUUUUUUAUGGUUUUUUUUGUUGUUUGUUGGUUUGUUUGAAUAUGAAAUUUGGACCAGAUGAUAUACUGAGCUGGGUCUAAACUGGCAACAUGUGUUUUUUUUCCAGAGUUGAAGUAGGAAGACAUUUUAAUGUGUUAACAUCAGAUUGUUCCUAGAUGGAAAUUAAAGUCCAGCAGUGAUUGAUUUCUCUCAGUCUCGUAGCUACUGUUAAUUUGAAGGUUCAGAUUCUAUAUCCUGAGAUAUAAGUUUGUAUUAUGGGAAACAAUUAGAUUUAUCAGGGCAAACAGUAGUCUCCAAUUUGCUUUUUAUGUAGUCAUGCAUGAGCCAUCACCAGCAUUCAAAAAAAAACAAAUCAGAAUUACAGACAGAAAUCUCUUCUCUGAACUGCAGUUUAAGUACUUCUGCUACUUGUUUCCAGACUGAUUAUUUGGAAUUAUCAUAUACAGGAUAGAAAAUUGAGAUUAAAGACCUAAGGAAAAGCCUAUUUUAAGAAACCUCUGUGCAUUCAUGGACAUUUUUAUCUUGCCAUUGUCCCAAACGAGGGCAGCUGAUACUGAAAAGAGCUUGAAUCUUUAUCAAGAAUUGAUUUGUCCAGAUAAAAGUCUGUGAAAAUGAUAAUGUGAAAAGAUACUACAUUUAAACUGUUCCUUCUUUUAUUUUCACAAAGUCUUGCCUGUUUUAGAAAUGCUCUCACAAUUGGCCUUGGGAAAUGGCCUUUAGUUUCUUGUCUGGGAGGUUUGCUUCUGAGAGGGUUAAAAUGCUAAACAAAAAAGCCGUGCUUUGUCUUCAGUGAGCAGGGAGGCAGCUGCCCCGUCACAGACACAUUCUCAGCCUCCCGCUGCAAUGCACUGACUUGUAAGCCGCCUGAAUCUUCAGGACCCCUUUCUGUUCCUACCCAUUGAGCCAACUGAGUCCACGUGUAUUGUAGCCUCUUACAUAGCAGCAUAAGAUGACUUUGGGAUUUUUAUGCUGAUUUAAAUACCUUAAGUUCUCCUGAUAAACGUAUUCCUAGGGAGACAGAAAUCUGGGCUACUGGGGGGUAAAACAUUAUCUCAGGCAGUACAUGUCAAAAGGGAGAUGGAAUUUGCCAGAGACAAAUUUCUAAAUCCUCUUAGGGAGAUGAUACAGUCCAAGAAAAAACUCUCUGUAAAAUUUAUAUGGUAAAAUAUCUUAAGUUUACUAUAUGUUACAUUUUGUAUCUUUCUUUUGGUAUUAAAAAGCUUAAAGAAGCAGGAAAAUUACCUGGUAAGUACCAUUAGGAGCAUUUAUAAUUUCUAAGAGAAGCCCAAAAUAUCACUCCACAUAGGUUUUCUUUGUAGACCAGAAAACACAGAUACACACAGAGAUUUUCAUCUUCCCAAACUGGAUUCUAAUUUAAGAGAUAGAUAGUUGGCAUAAAUAAUUAAAAGUGUAAAUCUAAAACUCCCUGACAAUUGGCCAAACUCAAAAAUAAAAUUUGUCGCCAACUAUGUACCAGUGCUUGGGGAGCUCCAUCUACAGUGGUGAAGGAUAAGGUCAUAAGCAUACUGUGAAAUUUGAGGUUCUUCCUCUCUGGAAGAAUUGUGAUAGUACUCUGCAUAAGUAUUCCACAUGUUACCCUCUUCUCUCACUCUCUGUUUAUCCUUUUAGACUAAAGUCUUUUUUGGCAAUAGCUUGGAUUAGAAGAAAGCCUAUCUUAAUUGUUAAUAGCUUCCUCUAUUGAUUUGCUUCCAGACUGGCCAUGCCCUUUGACUUCACUGUGUGCAAGUCCCACCCAGGCUUCUGCCACACAAGGAGGCCAGAACAGCAAUCUCUGUCCCUCCUCGACAUCCUGACCUCUUGCAGAGGAGCCUUGUGAUGACAUGCGCGCAUGAAGUUCUUUGCUAUCCUUUUGUAGAAGGUGCUGCAAUACAAUAUAUGAAUACAAAACAUGAAAUAUGAAUACAGUCUAACCUAGAGAAAAUUGCCUAAAUGACUCAGCCUAUUUGGGACCAAUUUAUUUGGUUGAGCUUGCUAGAAGACACUGGAUUUCUGCCCAUUUUCCUUCUGCACUUCACAAUGAGUUUUUGGGAUACUGUAUUCCUGUGAAGGACUUCUUAAAUAGUAUCGACAACCCAUUAAAAAAAAGAAACUUCCCAGUGUUAUCACUUGUUCAUGGAAUGUAGCUGUAGUAUCCUUCACUAGUAUUAUUAGAUAUCUGUGUACGGGAAGUAUACAGUUAUUCAGGUUUAUGUUCAUAUUAAAGAAUGUAUUUGUAAAAUGUAACAGGAUCUGUAGUUAACACUUUUUAAGCUCUGAAAAAAUUAAGAUUAUGUGUUAGACUUAAAAUUACAGUGAAAUCUCUCUUAAUACUACUUUGGUGGCUAACAAAGGUUGUGCGUUUAUGUAAAAUAUUUACCAAAUGCCCUAAAUAAGGGAUAUUAAAGAUAGGUUUCACUUUUGAUUUUUAGAAUUGUAACACUGCUGAUGUCUAUUGUACAGUUAUCAAUUCUUGAGAAGUUCUCUAAGGUGUCAAAUAUGAUUUUUGUUUCCUUCAGAGACAAGUAACACCUGCUCUAUGAUUCACUAGUACAGCAAACUCUAAUUUUGUCAUUAAAUACUUUAACUCUGUGUUGAAA